AUGCUCGCUACCACUGAAGAAGCUACCGUUGUUGCCAUCGAGACGGUUCAGCAGACCACCAAGGAAGGCGAGUUCCUCAAGACAACCGUCAUGACGACCGAGACCACUGCCGUCCUCCCCGUCCCCGUGGAAGAGGACAUCAUCGAGGCCGAAAGCGAAGAGGAUGACGAGAAGAUGGACGAAGGAGAGGACGAUGAGGCUGAGCUUGAGAUGGAGGAGAACGACCUGGUCGAAAUCGACGCCUCGAACAUCAUAAACUCAAGGACCCGCGGCGUGAAGAUCGACUUCGCCAACCUCCCUCAAGAUGAGACCAUGGCUGGCCUCGAGGAGGACGAUGAAGAUGAUGCGGACGUCGUGAUGGACGAGGAAUGA